GCCCGUUGUCACACUUUUGCGUGUUUUAAUUUUUGUAUUACCGACCAAAUUGCUUAAAUCUAACAAAAAUAAAUAUUUAAGCAUAUUCUACAAUGUCUGAUGGCGAUUUAGAUGCCCUUCGCGCCCAGCGCAUGUCCCAGAUGCAGUCGCAAUUCGUAAGUGGCGGCGGUGGUGGCAACGAUGCCGAAAAGCAGCAGGCCCAGCAGGAGCAGAUGCGCGCCCAGGAGGAGAUGAAGCACUCGAUCCUCUCUCAGGUGCUUGACCAGCAGGCACGUGCCCGCCUCAACACACUGAAAGUGAGCAAGCCGGAGAAGGCACAAAUGUUCGAGAACAUGGUCAUCCGCAUGGCCCAGAUGGGGCAGGUGCGCGGCAAGCUGGACGACGCUCAGUUCGUGAGCAUCCUCGAGAGCGUCAACGCCCAGAUGCCGCAGAGCAAGUCUACGGUGAAGUACGACCGCCGCCGCGCGGCCAUAGACAGCGACGACGAUGAGGAUUACGGCUGCUGAUUGCAGAUGCUGCUCCUGCUGCUAAUCCUCCUCAGGGGUAGCCUCGUAGGCCUAAGUUCUCUUUUGCUAAAUACUUUUAUUUCUUAAUAACUUAAAACGAAAACUGCAAA